AUGAGCAAGGAAGUCCCUCAAGGUGGCGAUACCUUCAAAGGACAGUAUCUGCCUGAAGGUACUAAGAUCGGCUAUUGCGCCUGGGGUAUCUUCCGCCGAACCGACAUCUGGGGCGAAGACUCGGAUGAGUUUCGUCCAGAAAGAUGGCUGCAUUCCUCUGUUGAUAGCCUUCGUCUUAUGGAAGGGACUCUUGAGCUUGUGUUUGGAUACGGACGGUGGCAAUGUCUUGGGAAGAAUAUUGCGCUGAUGGAGUUGAACAAAGUUUUUGUUGAGCUGAUUCGACGUUUUGAUCUUGCUGUAGUUGAUCCGAUCAAACCAUGGCUGUCCAUCAAUGUUGGCGUCUUCCUGCAAUCAGAAUACUGGAUUAAGGGAUAUGAACGGGCGAGUCUUGCAUAA